AUGCAGGAGGAGUGUAGUUCCACAAGCGACGAUGAAGAGGUGCUCUUCACUAAGGACAUGGUCCGCAGAUUGAGGAAGUCGGCAGCACAGCAUUCCUCUUCGCGACCAACGUCAUCGCUUAGUGACACAAGUGGUGUGAGCACAAUGAGUGCAGCGUCAGGACAAAAGACGAAAAGUGAGGUUGAAGGCACUGGCACCGAUGUGCCACUUUCUGCCGAUUCACCAAUGAAAGAACGGCGAACGGAUGAUGAACUGAUAGUGACGCCGAGGUAUCUCUAG